AUGAGCUUUCCACAGAAAACACAAAGAUCCAUUAUAGUGGUCGGGUCUGGCCUGGCCGGACUCUCCGCAGCAACCACCAUUGUGCAGACCAACCCCAAAAUACCGGUGGUAAUUCUGGAAAAGUUUGCAAAGCCAGGUGGAAACUCCAUAAAGGCUUCAUCUGGUAUAAACGGUGCAAAUACGAUUUUCCAGCAUUGGCCAGAUACGUCGUUCGAAUCUGAUACGAUCAAGUCUUCGGGGAACAGUCUUUUGGAGUCUGACUGGCGCAAUGGACGAUUAGAGCUGAUAUCAGAAAUGUGCACACAGUCCAAAGAGUCUGUUGAGUGGCUGUCGGGUUUAGGAGUGGAUCUGACGAGAGUUGCGAGACUAGGUGGUCAUUCAGUUGCAAGAACCCACCGUGGAGACGGGCCUGUUCCGCCUGGGGCCUCGAUCAUAACCACGCUGCUUAAACUUCUCCAGGGUAAGGCCCAGCUCAAAUUGGAGUGUGAGGUUACCAAGAUUCUUACAGAUGAUGAAGGAAAGGUGAUUGGCGUGGAAUAUAAUGGAGCCAACCGAUUGUAUGGUCCGGUCAUCUUCACCACCGGUGGCUUCGCAGGUUCCCAUGAAUACAUUUCGAAGUAUGCACCAGAACUAAUCAACUUACCAACCACAAACUCAGAAAGACCCGGAACGCAGCAUCUGUUGAGUUCGCUGGGGGUGGAAUUGGUGGAUAUGUCAAAUGUGCAAAUUCAUCCCACUGGGUGGGUGGAGCACUUCAACCGCGACGAUAGAGUGAAAUUUCUAGCUCCCGAGGCUCUCAGGGGUGAAGGCGGAAUUCUCAUCAAUGAUAAGGGAGACCGCUUUGUUAAUGAGCUGGAUACGAGAAAACGUGUAUCCGAUGCCAUAAUCAACACUAUAGUCCGAGACCCUUAUGCAGAUCCAAAGCUCCAGCAAUACAAAUUGUGGAUUCUAUUGGACGAAGAGACCUACAAGAGUACAAAGGCAAGCUCAGAUUUCUAUCUCGCCAAAAAAUUGCUCUGGAAGACGAAUUUCGCUAGCAUGGAGGCGAGCUUCGUCAAUAUCCGAUCUACCCUGCAGGCGUAUGGCUCAUCUUCAAAAGACCCGUUUAACAGACCCACUCGAGGAAAUUGGAAUAUUCCAAAAUUCACUCCAGAAACGGUUCUUUAUAUAGGCCAGGUUACUCCUGUGGUUCACUUCACUAUGGGCGGAGCCAAGUUCAACACUCGUGCUCAACCACUCACUGCCUCUGGUCCUGUAUCUGGACUGUGGGUUGCCGGGGAAAUAACUGGAGGUAUUCAUGGUGAUAACAGAUUGGGAGGCUCUUCAUUGCUGGAAUGUGCAGUUUUUGGUAGAAUUGCAGGCUCGGAAGCGGUGAAGUAUUACGAAGAACAGUAA